ACUAUUAUUGCUAAAAGUCUUGGUGAGCAAUCAGAUAGGGGCCACCAUCUUGGAUUGACAAAAAUGACGUCAAUUGGAAGAGGUAGAGGUUGGGGUAAAACCCCGCAGGACAAUGGACGACGACCUGGUAAACAGUUGGAACCAACACAGAACGUAAAUGAUGAUGACAAUGAGAAUGAUGAUAAUGAUGACUGGAUAGAGCGAAUCAAUAAACUUGACAUUAAUGAUGUUGCCGGUAUCAAGAGUCCCCAGAGUCCAGUUGCUAAUUUAAUAACGGUUAAUACAUCACCAGAUGAUAUGCAGCAUUUGGAGAAGGCAUGUAAGAAAGCUAUCAAAGAUCGAGUUUUUGCAAUGAAAUUGGUGUUAGCGUUUUCGAACUCAUCAAAUGUUACCGCGCCAUUUUUAGGAUGUCUUCAACCUUAUUAUGAAGAUCGUAUGGAAAUGUUGAAAAAAAAUCGCCAACAUUUUUUAAAUCUUGUGUUUAUUCUCGGCGAAGCAUAUCAUCGGAUAAGAUAUGGCAAUGCAGUACCACCAAAAGUAUUAGAAUUACCUCUAAUAGUCUGUUUAAAAAUGUUAUUAGAAAUAGCCGGUGAGGAGGAAAUUGAAUUAGCAGCGACCGAGAUAUCAAUGAAUGGACGAAUGUUACAACUGAGAGCAGUGAGCGGUUUGUCAGAAUUAUUUAUUUACGCACGAGAAGUUCUGGUAACCCGUAACAUAAGCUCACGAUCACGAGCGUUAUUGUUAUUAAUAACAGACUUAACAAAUCAAAAUUUUAUGCCGCUGUCUGGUGACUUGCAAAAGUUUUACGCUCAACAAUUGGGACAGCAAUUGCUCCUUGAAAUGCAACAAAAUUUAAAAGGUCUUCGGAUAAUAACUGAUUUUCGUAAAAGAAUUGACAAUGAUAACGAUAACAAACAAAAAAACGAUGAUUUGCAUGGAAUAUUGAUGCAAGUACCGGGUAAUCAACUGCAACAACCUCAACAAUUACAGCCGCUACCAUCACAAAAUCAACGGCAAGAAAUAAACCCACGUAAUUAUAAACCACGUGAUAAUAAUAGCGGAGGAGCUGGAGCUGGACUGUUAUUAAAUUCGGUACCGCGAGCUAUUCGUGGUUCUGGUGCUGCGACUGAUUCAAGAUUAUCGUAAUUUAUAAUUAUAAUAAUUAUUACUUACUUAUAAUUAUUAUUAAUAUUAUAAGAAAAUUUCUGUCUGUGGUUAAUUCAAUUGAAUUAAUCGUUAUAAUUAUUGUUCAUUAAUCAUCACUAUUUAAAUUUUAUUUAAUAGCUUAAGUAAUUGUACAUUAUUUACAUCUUUUAUAAUUUUUACAAAAUGUAAUUGACGAUUUUAAUUACUGACAUAUUUUUA